AUGAGUGCCCUGCCCUGCCCAGCAGAGGGGUGGGGGCGCUCGUCCAGGUGCGGGCCAGAGCCCGGCUCGUGUGCCAGCAGUGGCACGUGGGUCCUUGCCCCCGCGCCUCACCGCCCUGGCUAUUCUCCGCCCAGCUCCCCGUCUGCCGCCAAGGGCCAAGGCACCACCGUCGUGCACCGCACGGUCAGCUACACGCCCGAGCCCCUGCCAGCCCGGCACUUUGACACGGACACGACCGAGCCGGUCAGCUUCUACCUGUCCAGCCUGGAGGAGCUGCUGGCGUGGAAGCCCACCCGCGACGAUGACUUCAACGUGGCCGCGACGCCGCUGGCCGCGCGCCAGCCUCCGCUGCACAGCAAGAGACCGCGCACGCUGGUGUGCCACGACAUGAAGGGCGGGUACCUGGAGGACAGAUUCAUCCAGGGCUCGGCCGCGCGCAGCCCCUAUGUGUUUUACCACUGGCAGUACAUCGACAUCUUCGUCUACUUCAGCCACCACGUGGUGACCAUCCCGCCCGUGGGCUGGACCAACGCUGCCCACAGGAACGGCGUCUCCGUGCUGGGGACCUUCAUCACCGAGUGGACGGAAGGCAGGAAGACGUGCGAGUCGUUCCUGGCCGGGCAGGCGGAGGCAUACAGCGCCGUGGCCAAGCAGCUGGCCCGCAUCGCCAGCUUCUACCGCUUUGACGGCUGGCUGGUCAACAUCGAGAACGAGCUGAGCGAGGCGGCGGUGCGGACGCUGCCCCUCUUCCUGCGACAGCUGAAGGAGCAACUGGGGCGGCUGGUGCCGGGCGGGCUGGUGCUCUGGUACGACAGCGUCCUGCGGAGCGGCCAGCUCAAGUGGCAGAACGAGCUGAACGAGGAGAACAGGGUCUUCUUCGACGCCUGCGACGGGCUGUUCACCAACUACAACUGGAAGGAGGAGCACCUGGAGCGGACGCGGGCGCAAGCCGGGGAGCGCUGGGCCGACGUCUACGUGGGCAUCGACGUCUUUGCCCGCGGGGACGUGGUGGGUGGUGGCUUUGAUACAGACAAGUCCCUGCGCCUGAUCCGCAAGCACGGCCUCUCUGCUGCCCUCUUCGCGCCCGGCUGGGUCUACGAGCACCUGGGGGCGACGGACUUCCUGCCCAACGAGGACAAGUUCUGGGGGCUGCUGACAGAGCAGCUGUCCACGCACAGCAUCGGCACGCUGCCCUUGCACACCUCCUUCAACCUGGGCAUGGGCACCAGGAGGUUCUCCUCCGGACAGGAGGUGGUGGUCAGCCCCUGGUACAACCUGAGCGCCCAGGAGAUCCAGCCGCUGUUCACGGAGCACCAGGGGCCGGGCGGCGGGCUGCGCACGCACUGCUGCCUGCGCGACGCCUGGGAGGGGGGCAGCUCCCUGCUGGUGGCGGGGGCCAUCCCGCCUGACAUCGAGCACGUGGCCGUCCGGCUCUUCUCCUUCCAGACACCGGCCCCCCCCAAGCUGUUCCUGUCCCUGCUGUACAAGCUGGAGGAGCCGCAGGCCGGGGUCACGGUCGCGCUGGAACUCGCCACCCGGGACUCCGGCUCCUGCCGUGUUGGCGACAUUGAGCCGACCAGGCGGCACCAGCCCCGGCCCCUCCCGGGCCCCCCGCCCGGCCUGUCCACGAUGCUCAGCACCUGCGGAGAACAGAGCACCCAGGGCUGGACGAACCAGUGCUACGAACUGGAGCUGCAGGACUGUGCCUUGCACGAGCUCUCCCUGGUGCUGGCGCGCCGCCCGGCCGGCCCACACGAGACCCCCUUCUCCUGCCGCCUCGGCGAGAUCUGGGUGCUGGAUGCGGAUGUGAUCCCAGCCUCCCCACCCCUGGUGCGACACCUCGAGGCCUCCCAGCUGCGAUGGCGCCGGGGUCCCGGGCCGGACGAGCUCUUGCUCAGCCUCACCUUGCGCUGGGCCUACCCGGCCAGCUUGGCCCGCGGCUUCCGCAUCCACAACCAGCGGGCCGCAGAGCCACAGCGGCUGCUGGGGCUGGCGUACGCGCCCCUGUACCGUGCGGUGGACGUGCCGGUGCCCGUGGUGGAUCCGGGACAGUCCGGCACCGUGGUGUUCCUGGUGGAGCCGGUGCUGCCCGAGGGGUUCCCGGUGGAGCCGGCGGCGUUGGGCCACCUGCUGCUGGGGUACUCCAGCCCCUGAGCCAGCCCAGUAAAUGUGGCCUUGGAGCAGCCUGCGUGUCUCUGCCUCGUGGCUGCCGUGGGCUGGGGCGAGGGAGAGGCGGGGGAUGUGGUGGCAGCCCCAAGCCCUGCACUGACCCCAGUGCGUCAGUGCCUGGCCCCCUCCAGCACCACGGUACCCGGGGUGCAGCGAGGCCUUGUUGCCAGCAGCCCCGAGAACCAGCCCCUCCACUGCUGGCGGCAAGGGGUCGGCGGGGGUCCGCAGUACAACGCUGCGCCGGCGAGCGGGGAGCACCUGUGCACAAGGUGCAGAGAGGCAGCGGGAAGGCUCCUGCUCUCCAGGCCUUUGCAUCUCCCUCCUGGAGCUGGCUCCUGGUCAGGCUCCCCGCUGCCUGCCUUGCCCCGAGCCGGGCAUGUGGCCCCAGGCGGGGCGCUGUGCAGCGCAGAGCUGCUGCCUGCUGUUGCCAGCACAAAGCCACCGCUCCCAGGCUGCAUGGCAUGGCCAGGCUGGGCUGGAUCCUGCCCAGGACCCCAAACCCCGUGGUCUCGCAUUGGGGCUGGCCACGUUCCCCCAGCCUGGCUCAGGCACAAAGCAGCUCCGUGCCCCAGCUGCUCCCGGUUCCCCCAUGCCUUGUGGGCCCAGCCCCCUGCACCCACCUGCUCUCCCCAGGCCUCUUAUGCAAAGGAGAGACGAUCCACAGGGGCAAUUACUGCAAAGGCUGAGGGGCUGGGGCUGCAGCAGAGCACUGGGGUGGCACCAGCUCCGGAAAGCAAGAGACAAGGGAGCUGAUGGCUGGAGGAACGUGGGUCUCGCUGCAGCCUGUGGCCCAAGCGUGCCACCCCGGGCAGCCCCGUGGCUUCCCUACCCAGCUCCCCAGCUCCCCUAGGAUGAACAGGGCAGCACCUCGCACGCAGGGCAAGGCAGAGCAACGGGCUGAGGCAGCCCAGCACCGGACCUGCCUGCCCCCUGACCCCGAGCUUGGCCCUGACCUGGUCCCCUCUCGGCGCAGCCCCGAGCCCUGCUCUCUGCACGGGGUUGUGCCCCCACCAGAGCCCCCAGUCAAAACCCGAGCCAUCCUGGUUGA